UACUUUUUUUUCAGAUUGUGAUUGAUAACUUUAACAAUCAUUUAAUUUUUAUUUGAAUUGCAAAAUUAAUAAGAACAAACACUAUUUAGGAUUUGACAUGACAUUGAGCUGCACCCUGAAUUAGAUUUAUUUUGUUCGCUUUAAAUUAAAUAGAAGUACUAUAGCAAAAUGAAAAGCUUCGUAAACAACUUCUAAUGCAUGAUGAGUAACUAAAAUAAAGAAUAAGCAGUUUUAAAAGUGAUGAUUAUCCUGAAGCCUGACCUGUAUGAUGUUAUUGUAUGGCGGGCUCAGUAACCUCACUACCCAAAACACAAUUAAAGCAUAUUCAAGACUUAUUCAACUAGAAUUUACACGAAGAAGGUUUUACAAAAUAUUUUCUAAUUGUUUUGAGUUUCUAAAGCUUCGGAAUAUUCAUGAUUUAUCGCGAAUAAUUUUGUUGUGUUGCAAAUACCUAGAGCUAAAUUAUACAUAAGUAAAAUGGAUUUUGCUAAAAAACAGCUAGAGAAAUACGGCUGGACUGAAGGUCAAGGAUUAGGAAAAUCCAACAACGGUAUUUCAACUCCAUUAAAACCCAAAUUGAAAUUUGAUAAUGCUGGAAUUGGUCAUAGUCAUGCAAAAGAUUUAGUCAAUGAUUGGUGGACAAAUGUUUAUAAAAGUGCUUCAGAUAACAUAGAGGUCACUAAUGAUAGUAAUGAUGUUCAAAUUGGUAUGAAAGGGGAUGAAUCUAUAGAUAUCUCAACGAAAGGAUACACAAAAAUUUUAAAAAACAACAAUGUUUCACUCGAAUAUGGUUCAUUUAUUAAAACUGCUCAAAUAAAUGCAUCAGGAACCAAGAAAUAUGAUGUUCCUGAACAUUUAUGUGUCGACAAACCAAAGAUAAAUGUUUUAAGUGAUGAAGAAUUAUUUGCAGCAUGCGCAGGACGUACAGCACAUAAAGGUGCUAGACAUGGUUUAAAACUAAGCGGCAAAUUAGAUAGAUUAGCAAAGCACGAACAAAUGUUAUUAAAGAAAUUCCAAAACGUUUCAUUAAAUGACGAAAAGUGUGAAAUUGAAAAGAAAAUGAAGAAACUACUUAAAAAUAAAAAAUGCACCGACGAUAAUCCCACCAUUUUAAAUCUAGAAGAUCACUCAAAAACAUCGACUGCUUCCACAAAAAAGAAACACAAAGAAAAAAAGAAAAAGAAAGAGCGGAAAAACGUUUCGUUCAACGAAACAGUAACCGUUACUGAGUAUCUUGCACCGGACUUAGAGUCAAGUCGUUUAAGUAGUGAUAGUAAUGACAAUUCAUUUAUUGCGUGUUCAGAGCAAAAUUUAAACGAUGAAGGGAUUGAGCAGGAUUUAGAUGCGUUUAACAAUACAAUUGAAGAUCAAAAUAGUUUUGAAGAACCUCAAUGUGUAGAAGAGAAACUUUCCAAGGCGGAACAUCGAUUGAAAAAGAAAAAUCGCGCUACACAUCGAUUCUUACGCAGGCUUCAACUUGAAGAUGAAGAAGUUGUUUCCGAUUCGAAAGGAAUUGAAAACACCGUUCUUUGUGCUAAAAGAAAAUUGGCUGAUGGCGAAUAUUCGGAGGGAAACGUUAGAAAGAAAAAGAAAAAAGUUAAACUUGGUAAGGAAACGAAAGAGGAACGGAAGAAAAGGAAAGGUGAAAAGAAAUCGUUGAUAAAUUCAAUUACGAAAUCUUUAGAUAGUUUGUGUUAUAUUUCUGAUGAUAGUUAAUUAUUAUGAGGAGUUUUUUUUUUGAUAGAAUUUUUGUCUUCACAGUAAUAAAAUGAUAAUUUAAAAGAA